AGGUGCUAGCCUCCUAGAGCCUUCACAGCACCACAUGGCUAUGAAGAUUUCUCAAGCAUAGGCGAUUGAUUUUUCCGCAAUUUUGGAUUCCCCUGUCAAACCCCAUGUAGAUAUACUUAGUUGUAGACUAAUAGUGAUCAGUGAUGAUCUUAUGAUUCCUUUUGUAUAUCAUGACUUCUAACCGGUACGAUGAGGCCGAACACUAGAUUCGAAUGAUCAUGGUUUCCAAAGAACUUGAGUCACUUGUAGGAAACACCGACUAAGAAGUGCAUUCUUUCGUCUUUUUCGGCUUUGUUUUCUUCAUAGCUUGCUUAGAUAGUUGUUCGAGUUCUUCUCUGUAAUUUCCCUUUCUAUGUUCCUUUUAGCGCUACAGAUGAUCAUAAUCACUGAGAUCAUUUGAUUUCUAUUCUUGAUUCCUCGAUUUGCACAGCGCACACAUAGUCCAUCGGUUGUAGAUGUUGUACUAAGUAUGAAACAUCAUAUUUGUCCUAAGUUGUCCAGCAGAAGAACUUUUAGUUCAUUCUUAUAAUUUAGUACUACUUCGAUUUCAUUUUCAAAAACCUAUCACUUGUUGAGUUUGAGAAGUUCAUUCUUGUGAUUCCUUGUUCUGAAAAAAAAAAUAGAUGGCGGGUGAAGGUGCCUCUGCGCCUGGUCCUGGUGAAGGUGAGAGGCCCAUGGGGUCGAACAUAUAUGUUGGCAGUAUGACGGGUACGAGUCAAGAGGAGGAGUCCUCCUCCGAAAGCGAGAUAGAAGGGCGCCGCACAACGGUACAAAGCCUCGGGAUGUCUGGUCGUGAGCAGGGAGAUGAGGAGGCAAACGUCCCCGCUGACGACGAUCAUGAAGCCACCAUCUCCGCAGUUUCUGCACCGGGUGAGGAGGGCAGAACGCAGUUCGCCGAGACACUCGAGUCUGUCGGAGAGUACGAAGCUGAUGGAAAGAUGGCAAAGUACAAGACAAAGAGCAACAGUAGCACAGCAAAUAAGGGCGUCGCGUUCGAUGCUGCACAAGGCGAUGACGACGAACUGCAACGAGAGCGCUAUCGCAAGACGGGAUUUGCCGCUAAAGAGGGCAUGCCGCCUGUCGUCGGCUUCAGCCCCGAAGCCGGCGACGACGACGAGGAAAAAAAGCGGUAUAGACAAACCGGUUUUGCGAGGCCUUCUGAUGUUCCUGCGGUAGUGGACUUUGACGGUGUCGCUGCAGAUGGCGCGGAUGAGGAAGUGAAAGAAAAGUACCGGAAAACAGGCUUCGCAAAGCCAGAGGACGUCCCGCCUGUAGUAGGCUUUGCCUCCGAACUGGAUAUCUCUGAGAAAAAAGAGCGAUACCGGAAAACUGGGUUUGUGAAGUCUGAGGAUGCGCCUGGUGUGGUUCAAUUUGCGGAAACAGACGACAAUGAUGAAGAUGCGGAAAAGAAAAAGUAUAGAAAAACGGGCUUAUCCCACGUUAAGACUGCCGCUGGGAGUGGGGUGUCCUUCGCCACGGAUGAUUCGCCACUUGACAGCCUAUCGGCGUCUCGCAUGUCCGAUGACCCAUUUCCUAACAGCACACAAAAAGUUGUAGCAGUGGACGGAAAGAGCAGUAGCUCACCUUCGCUUCCGACUUCGUCUUCUCUACUGUCCGUUUCAUCCUCGGAAGAAGGUGUUGAUAAGCAACAAAAAAAGAAAGGGCGUCGCACGAUGUUCCGGCGAAAGGUCGAAUCAGUCGAAGAAUUCGAGACCGAAGGAAACAUGAACAAGUAUGAAACUGUGGACUCCAAGAAGGCUAAGAUCCUUGCCACUACGACGCUGAUGCAACCACCCGCUCGAGCAGGUGAUCAAGCUAGUGCGCCAAAGGCAACUGCUGGCGCAACCGUUGCUAAUAGAGGUAAGAGCACAGUCGGAUUCGAUGUGGAUUCUGAGGCGGAUGAGGAAGCCAAAACGCAGUACAGGAAAACCGGUUUCACGCCAAAGGAAGAAGUGCCAGUAGAAGUUCAAUUUCGUGACAGUGCGCUUUCGAAUGACGACAAAGAGACCCAACGCUACCGGAAAACAGGCUUCGCUCAUAAAGAUGAUGUUCCUUCAGCCGUUAGCUUUGAUCAUGGCGGAGAGGUGGAGGACGAUGUGGUGAAGGAACAAUACAGGAAAACCGGGUUUGCCAGAACUGGCGACGCACCUGCAGCUGUUACAUUUGACGGGGCGGGGGAAGACGAAGAUGAAGCCAAGGCGCAGUAUCGUAAAACAGGUUUUGUCAAGGGCAACGCUGCGGGAGGGGUGUCUUUUGACGCUGAACAGGACGAAGAUGAAGCCAAGGCGCAGUAUCGUAAAACAGGUUUUGUCAAGGGCAACGCCGCGGGAGUGGUGUCUUUUGACGCUGAACCUGAACAGGACGAAGAUGAAGCCAAGAUGCAUUAUCGCAAAACGGGUUUUGUCAAAGGCAUCCCUGCGGGAGAGGUUUCCUUCGACGCGGAGAGUGACGGUGAUGAAGCCAAGGCGCAGUAUCGUAAAACAGGUUUUGUCAAGGGCAACCCUGCGGGAGGGUUGUCUCUUGACGCUGAACAGGACGAAGAUGAAGCCAAGGCGCAGUAUCGCAAAACGGGUUUUGUCAAAGGCAGCCCUCCAGGAGGAGUUUCCUUUGACGCUGAGCAUGACGAUGAUGAAGCUAAGGCACAGUAUCGCAAAACGGGUUUCGUCAGAGCAGAUGAUGCGCCUGCAGCUGCGGUUUCUUUCGACGCUGAGCAUGACGAUGAUGAAGCUAAGGCACAGUAUCGCAAGACGCGUUUCGUUAGAGCAGGUGAUGCGCCUGCAGCUGCGGUUUCCUUCGACGAAGAGCAUGACGAUGAUGAAGCUAAGGCAAAGUAUCGCAAAACGGGUUUCGUUAGAGCAGAUGACGCGCCUGCAGCUGCGGUUUCCUUCGACGCUGAUCAUGACGACGACGCCAAGGCGCAGUAUCGUAAAACGGGUUUCGUUAGAGCAGAUGAUGCGCCUGCAGCUGCGGUUUCCUUCGACGCUGAGCAUGACGAUGAUGAAGCUAAGGCAAAGUAUCGCAAAACGGGUUUCGUUAGAGCAGAUGACGCGCCUGCAGCUGCGGUUUCCUUCGACGCUGAUCAUGACGACGACGCCAAGGCGCAGUAUCGUAAAACGGGUUUCAUUAGAGCAGAUGAUGCGCCUGCAGCUGCGGUUUCCUUCGACGCUGAGCAUGAUGAUGAUGAGGCUAAGGCAAAGUAUCGCAAAACGGGUUUCGUUAGAGCAGAUGAUGCGCCUGCAGCUGCGGUUUCCUUCGACGCUGAUCAUGACGACGAAGCCAAGGCGCAGUAUCGUAAAACGGGUUUCGUUAGAGCAGAUGAUGCGCCCGCAGCUGCAGUUUCCUUCGAGGCUGAGCAUGACGAUGACGACGCCAAAGCGCAGUAUCGCAAAACGGGUUUCGUUAGAGCAGAUGAUGCGCCCGCAGCUGCAGUUUCCUUCGAGGCUGAACAUGACGAUGAUGAAGCCAAAGCGCAGUAUCGCAAAACGGGUUUCGUUAGAGCAGAUGAUGCGCCUGCAGCUGCGGUUUCCUUCGACGCUGAUCAUGACGACGAAGCCAAGGCGCAGUAUCGUAAAACGGGUUUCGUUAGAGCAGAUGAUGCGCCCGCAGCUGCAGUUUCCUUCGAGGCUGAGCAUGACGAUGACGACGCCAAAGCGCAGUAUCGCAAAACGGGUUUCGUUAGAGCAGAUGAUGCGCCCGCAGCUGCAGUUUCCUUCGAGGCUGAACAUGACGAUGAUGAAGCCAAAGCGCAGUAUCGCAAAACGGGUUUCGUUAGAGCAGAUGAUGCGCCUGCAGCUGCAGUUUCCUUCGAGGCUGAGCUUGACGAUGACGACACCAAAGCGCAGUAUCGCAAAACGGGUUUCGUUAGAGCAGAUGAUGCGCCCGCAGCUGCAGUUUCCUUUGAGGCUGAACAUGACGAUGAUGAAGCCAAAGCGCAGUAUCGCAAAACGGGUUUCGUUAGAGCAGAUGAUGACCCCGCAGCUGCAGUUUCCUUCGAGGCUGAACAUGAUGAUGAUGAAGCCAAAACGCAGUAUCGCAAAACGGGUUUCGUUAGAGCAGAUGAUGCGCCCGCAGCUGCAGUUUCCUUCGAGGCUGAACAUCAUGAUGAUGAAGCCAAAACGCAGUAUCGCAAAACGGGUUUCGUUAGAGCAGAUGAUGCGCCCGCAGCGGUCUCGUUUGA